UAAAAAUCUCACAGCCCGAGAAUGAAGUGGACAAAACGUGGAAGCGGAGGCAGGGUUUGGACUCUCGAGGGGUUUAUGUAGAGCCGCCAUCCCAGCUUCCUCUUUCGCCCCACCUUCAAACCAAACAAAUUCUCUACAAAAAUCUCAUUGGCGGUCAGCAUUUGCACAGCUCCCCCGGCUAGAACAGUUGAAGCUCAGAGAUGAAGUACGUUUUGGUGACGGGAGGAGUGGUGAGCGGCCUAGGAAAAGGAGUAACGGCUAGUAGUAUAGGCCUCAUUCUUCAAGCAUGCGGGCUUCGUGUCACUUCCAUCAAGAUUGAUCCUUACUUGAAUAUUGAUGCUGGAACAAUGUCUCCCUUUGAACAUGGUGAAGUAUUUGUUUUGGAUGAUGGUGGAGAGGUGGAUCUAGAUCUUGGGAACUAUGAACGUUUCCUAGAUGUGAAGUUGACACAUGACAACAAUAUAACCACCGGAAAAAUUUACCAGUCUGUUCUUGAAAAGGAAAGAAAAGGCGAUUAUUUGGGUAAAACAGUCAUGGUCGUCCAUCACAUUACUGAUGCCAUUCAAGAAUGGAUUGAACGUGUAGCAGUCAUACCAGUUGAUGGUAGAGAUGGUCCAGCUGAUGUAUGUAUCAUAGAAUUGGGUGGCACUAUAGGUGACAUCGAGUCAAUGCCAUUUCUCGAGGCUUUAGGACAAUUUUCAUAUCGUGUUGGUACAGGGAACUUCUGCUUGAUACAUGUCAGCCUUGUGCCUGUGUUGAAUGUGGUUGGUGAGCAGAAAACAAAGCCAACACAGCACAGUGUUAAGGGACUGAGAAGUCUAGGAUUGACACCAGAUAUUUUAGCAUGUCGGAGCACUAAGCAACUGGAUGAGAACGUGAAGGAGAAACUUUCCCGAUUUUGCCAUGUCCCGGUAGAGAAUAUUGUCACUCUUAAUGAUGUUUCUAAUAUCUGGCACGUUCCUUUGCUUCUAAGAGACCAGAAGGCGCAUGAAGCCAUUUUGAGAGCCCUAAACCUCGAAGGAGUUGCAAAGGAGCCUGCACUGGGAGAAUGGACAUCUCGUGCUGAGCUUUGUGACAUGCUACAUGAACCAGUAAGAGUUGCCAUGGUUGGAAAGUACACAGGACUAUCAGAUUCAUACCUCUCUGUAUUGAAGGCGCUUUUGCAUGCUUCUGUUGCCUGCCACAGGAAACUGCAUGUAGAUUGGAUUGCAGCUGGGGAUCUGGAGGGUAUUACAGAAACAGAGAAUCCUGAAAAUUAUAGGAGUGCUUGGGAUCUCUUAAAGGGCGCAGAUGCUGUGCUUGUUCCUGGUGGGUUUGGUGACAGGGGCGUGGAGGGAAAAAUACUUGCAGCUAAAUAUGCUCGUGAAAACAGGCUUCCUUACCUUGGAAUAUGUCUGGGAAUGCAAAUUGCCGUUAUUGAUUUUGCUCGAUCAGUUCUUGGUUUGACAGAUGCAAAUAGCACAGAGUUUGAUUCAAAUACCCAGAAUCCAUGCGUCAUUUUUAUGCCAGAGGGUUCAAAAACUCAUAUGGGAGGGACAAUGCGACUUGGGUCCAGGAGGACAUAUUUUCAGGUUACGGACUGUCUUUCUGCUAAAUUAUACGGGAACGUGAGUUUCAUUGAUGAAAGACAUCGCCAUAGAUAUGAGGUAAAUCCUGAAAUGGUAGAACAGCUUGAAGGUGCCGGUCUCUCUUUCACAGGCAAAGAUGAAAGUGGUUGUCGCAUGGAGAUCUUGGAGCUGUGUAAUCACCCUUACUUCGUUGGAGUUCAAUUUCAUCCCGAGUUCAAAUCAAGACCUGGAAAACCUUCCCCUCUCUUCAUAGGGCUUAUAGCAGCUGCAUGUGGGCAACUCAAUAGCGUCCUUAAGAAGAGUAUUUGUGGCUUUAGCAAUGGCCACACGCCAACAAAGACAUACCACCAUCGCGACGAGCUCGCCAACGGAUCUAUAAAUUCAAAUGGAAGUCACUGCAAUGGGAAUGGAGUUCAUAUCUAGCCCAACUGUUUUUUCAGAAUUUUCAAAUUUCUCAGGGUCAUUAUGCCGUUCUUACCGGCUUGAUUCUGACUGAGAUGUAUAGCGAAACUAGAGUGUAGGUUCACAGCAGCUCUAUUAUUAGUAACAGCUGGGAAGAUCUUCAUUUUUAAAAUAAUUGCUACAAAUAUGGGAUGCAUCAAUAUUUGCAUUGUAUUCUGUAUUUGCUUAUAUGAAUUAUGAACACUUGAUGUACGAGUAUGUUGG